AUGUCGGCGCCCAUAGAUCCUGCCUUGUUCUCGCCAUUCGAUGGCAAAGACAACGCACCACCGCAAUCAUACGCGACGCAACCCCCGCAGAAUGUCGGCCACCCGUACUAUCUGCCGGCGUCAACGCCACAGCAGCAGCCCGCGCAGCCCCAGCAGUCCGCGCAGCCCCAGCAGCCCCAGCAGCCCGCGCGGCCAUCGCACCCGCCGCCCAGCAACAGCGUAGAUCCGGCGCUGCACCAACCCUCGGCGAAUACGCCGGACGGCGACCACGACGACUACGAACAAGAGGACGAGGGCGAGCACGACCACGAUGGCGCCACGCAUGCAACCCCAGGCUCCGCCAAAGACGCCGGCGACUUCAAGCGUCCGCGAGCAUGUGACUCGUGUCGCGGGCUCAAAGUGCGCUGCGACCAAGAGCGUCCGGACGUGUCCUGCAAACGGUGCGCAAAGGCCGGGCGGCCCUGCAUCACCACGCCCCCGACCAGGAAGCGUCAGAAGAAAGCCGACAGCCGUGUCGCCGAGCUAGAGCGCAAGAUUGAUGCCUUGACAGCCACACUGCACGCUCAAAAGUCGGGCGCUCCCGACAUCAGACAUCACGGAGGCCUGCCCCAGCAUGACGGCAACACGCCCGCUACAUCCAUGCCCGAGGGCUCCUUCCGCAUGGGCACCAUCGCCCACGAAUGGUCGAGUCCCGUCCAGAGCGGCUACGCAAGCAUCCCUCCGGGUUAUGGGCCGGCACAGACCAUUCAGCGAGGGCCAGAGGCCAAGCGGAGAAAGGGAAACGGCGGCCACAGCCACGCGGUAGGUGCAUCAUCUGCGCAAACCAACGUCAUCUCACACAAGCAGACCAUUCCUGAGGACAUGGAUGCCAUCCAUCGCGACCUUGCCGAGCACCCUGAGAUGAAGCGCAACGGAAAGAGCCGGCUCCACCCUGAUCAUUCACACAUCAACACGCUGAUCGACUCCCUCGUCACCCCUGAGCUUGCGGAGCGUGUCUUCCUCCGAUACGUAAACGAAAUCUGCCCCCACUUUCCCGCGGUUCCCUUUGCUCCUGGAACCACGGCUCGAGACGUUCGUGAGAAAAAGCCAUUGCUCUUCCUGUCGCUGCUGGCUGGAUCGUCGCACGGCAGCGCAGAGCAGCUUGUUUCGCAGGAUGUACAGCGCGAGCUAACCAGAAUACUCAAGGAUCAACUUGCCGACAUCAUCUGGCGUAACGGAGAGAAGUCGCUUGAGAUUGUCCAGGCUUUACAGGUCGCCGUGUUGUGGUACCGACCGCCUUUGCACUUUGAGCAACACAAUUUUUAUAUGAUGGUCAACUGCGCUGCUGUAAUGGCACUGGACCUGGGCCUGGGCCGGAAAGCAACGCCCAAUGUGAUGAGGCUAUCCAUAGGCCCCUUUCGAAGGUAUCACCCCAACUCAAGCGGCAUCGACGCCCGGCGCACAUUCCUCGUGUGUUACUAUCUCUGCAUGAGCAUCACGAUGGUGCUGCGACGGCCAAUACUUCUUCGAUGGACAAAGUACAUGGAAGAGAGUGUCAAGCUUCUUGAAACCUCGCCAGAUGCAUUCCCUUCGGACAAGCUGCUGUGCCAGCAAGUGAAGAUGGCGCACAUUGGAGAGAGCAUAUCCGUUCAGUUCUGUAUGGACGAUCCGUCUGUUGAAGUUGUCAUCUCCGAGCCUAAAGUCAUCUACGCGCUCAAGAUCUUCGAGAAUGAGCUGCAGCAGCUCAAAGACGAGAACGCUAAGAUGGGUGAAGUUGACCCUACCCUUCGAUUGGGCGAACACGUGACGAACCUCUUCCUCCACGAAAUUGCUUUACAUCAGCACCAGAGUGCCGCUGACUUCCAACCGCCCUUCCCACUCGAGGCUUUGUCGCCGGCUGUGGUCAAGAAAGACGCGCCCAUAGGACCAGCACACAUUGGCGCAUUAGGCGAAUGCCUUACGGCCACGCACGGUAUACUGGACACAAUCCUUAGCAUUCAGCUGGACAUCCUGUUGACGUUUCCGGUGAUUUUCUGUGUGCGCGCCAUCUAUGCCAUUGUAUGCCUCAUGAAGAUGUGGGUCUCGGUGACGAGCUCCGGUGAAGUCAGCAGCAUUAUCAAGAAGGAAGACUUGCAGAUUGAAGUGUACACCGAGCGUUUAGUCACCAUGUUCAACGCGAUCGUUUCUCGAGAUGCUCAGUCGCCUCACGGGAAGUUCUAUUUUGUAGCCAAGCGCUUGCAAGAGCGGUUUGCACAAAUCAAAGAAGGAACCUCCAGAUCCGAACAAGCGGACUCGAGCGAGGUGUCCCGGCGCCCCUCAAACGACGGUCCUCAGCCUCCUUCUCGUCAUUCUUCAACUAACCAGACACCACUCCAUCUGCUGUCUGAAGUUGCUAUGGGCAGCAGCAACUCCGGCUCAUCGCAGACGCAAACGCACGCCCAUAGCCGCUCUCAACAACAAGCACAAGCCGCAUUGCAAGCACACUCACACGCCUCGCAGCACCCUUUGCAGCACAACUGGUACCCGGAUAUGCCGGCACAGUCGCAUCCUCCCGAUAUGAUGGGCAUGCCACAAUCUAACUUUGACUUGAACUUUGACUUUACCCAGUUUGAUCUGGGAACGGGCUCUGAUGCAGACCUAUCGGCACUGUUCAUACCAGACUCAAUAUUGUGGAGCUACCCGACAGACCCAAACACUCAGGGCUAUAGCGGGUUUUAG